GCACCAUCCGUGCACCGGAAGAAAGCGAGAGGCGAAACCGCUACCGUUACUUGGGUCUGCCCGUUUUUAGGGUUUGCUAAGAGAAAAGGAAAAGGAGGACUCGUGAGGUGGAUCGAUUGAUGGGUUACGACUCGAUGGCUAACGUUCCUUCGCUUCCGUCGAUGGUGUCCGGAAAAAAGAAGCGGGCAAAUCGAUCUGCGAAGCUGAAGCAGUGCAAACUCGAUGCUCGGCGUGAGCAAUGGCUCUCUCAUGGUAAGGAUAAGGAUGAUGAUUCUAAUGUCACCACCGGUCUUCAUUUGCAAGAUCCUCCCUUGGCUCCGAAAGGGAUGAUGAGAGAAGCAGAGGGCCGAGAUGGCAUUUCACCGUUGCAUGAAUUUAGGGAUAUGGAUUCCUCAUUCCGUAACCCUACUGUAGGUAAUCAUCAUAGAAGGGAUGUCUCUUCAGGCGUCAGUAGAAGCAGCAGAAGUAGCAGCCUGGAUUCCACCUCAAGAAGCAUCAGCGAUGAUGAAGAGGAAGAGUAUAUAGACAACAGAGGGGAAGAAAACGGGAUCCUUGAUGAUUGGGAGGCGGUCGCUGACGCCCUGACUAAGGAUGUUGGUGAUGCUAACCUUAGUCGUCGUUCUGUUCAUGAAAUUACUCCCUUUAAGGCAGCUGCCACGCCUGGUGUCCCAGUUGAGGUCUCUCGUGGAGGGAGAAUGACAAUGCCGGAGCCCGUCCUUAACACCAGAAGAGCUUGGGGACCAGAUGACUCAUCUCGUCCUCCAAGCCUUCCAAGUAUCUCAAAACAGUGGAUCCUUCCAAUGAAUGCAGGCCGGGACUAUCGGGUUUCCCAACAAAAGGGUAUCCUUCCCUUGCCUAUUCCCUGCCCUAUUUGCUAUGAGGAUCUAGAUCUGACGGAUUCGAGCUUUCUUCCUUGUUCCUGUGGAUUUCGGCUUUGCCUGUUCUGCCACAAAAGAAUUCUCGAGGAAGAUGGUCGUUGUCCUGGAUGCAGGCAGCAAUACAACUACAUCCCAGGUGGAAUGGUGGAGGUGAACGUGGGAGGAGCAGGGCCUCCAGUUUUGCAAAUGCAAUUGUCUCGUAUAUGUACUUCAAGGCCUUAGAAUAGCUGAAGGCUGGUUCUAGCUCUCUCUUUGCCUGUUAUUGUAAUCUCCUAUGAAGAUGCUGCUGGUAUCAAGCUCUUAUAGAGUUUGUUUCUUCUCAAUGAUGAAUGUGAAUAUCUUUUAGGGGCCUUAUAGGCUGGUGUUGCAAUAUUGGAUCUCUAUAUUCUGGACACUUUUUGGAGUAUAAUUGUUGCACCGUGACCUCUUGUUUAUUAUAGCAUAGGCCGUCAUGUACACUAUCAAAAUUGGUUUUGCCGCAUCGUUUUUUUCUCUUUCUUUUCUGCAUGGAGCUCUUUUUUCUCACAUCUUAGAAUUCCAUUUAACUCUAUCAAAAAUUCAAAAUCUAAUUGAGUUUUAUUGCUUUUCUCUUGUCUAGGCAUUAACGAACAGAUUCCUAAGCUUAUCGCAGGUAACAUACUGAGUUAUGGUGAAUUCUUGUGCUUUAUACCGCUUCUGAUUUAAGGUUCGGUUGCUCCCACAUGUGCCUUGAUUUAUUCAUUGCUUUAAAAUUAGUGCACUUUAUGUUACAACUCGUAGAAGUCUUCCCUAUUUGCUCUUUUGUGCUUCUUAAAGCAUAUAUGGCUUUAAAAAUUGAUUAAUUUUUCAUUUAUACUACUGAUAGUUAUCUUGAAUAUCUCUUUUUGUAACAUCCAAGUUUUCGAGCUACAUGUUUGUUAUCAUUAAGAUUCAGGUUAUGAAUAUGUGCUGCUCUUGCUCUCUGUAUAUAUGUAUUUAACAUUAUAGAUAGCUGGAGUAUCUGAAGCUGACACAAAAUACAUUGUUCUUGUAGUUCUUUUUUGGAAGAAUGAAGUUGGCUUCUUGGUAUUUGUUUUUAACUUUUGGUGGUUUAAAGCUGUUUAUUUGUUUACUACAUUAUUUGCUGAUAGAUCUACAUUAAGAUUGUGCCCCAGAUGUUAUGAAGAUGCAAGCUGGGCUGGCCUGCAUCAAUUAAUUGAGUUUCUUGUUGCACAGAAUCUCAACUUAGAUCCAUGAAUUUUUGUUUGGUAUCCUCAAUGUUUUCCUGUUGCUUCAUGUUCCUAUUCAGCAUAAAUGGCUUUGCAUUCCCUUUGUUGAAAAUAAUGCCGCUAAAUGCUAAACACUAAAUAGUAUUGACAGCCUUAAACAUAGCGUGAAGAGGGCUUGUUUCACAGAUGUCUACAUCUUUCUCUACAUUCCUGUUCUAGCUACCACUUAUCUCUACAACAGAAAAGACUGGAGCACACUUCGUGGAAGGCUUCAAGGAUCACGAGCCGCUGCUCUGAGGAGUUCAUCGACAAGUAGCAAUUCAAGAGGCUCCGGAGUUCCUUCGGCUCCUCCAUCCUUUUGGACGUAAUAACCUCUAUCAUUGACACCUUGAAGUCCCCCUUGGGGUCAUGAGACCUCCUGUCCAUGGCGAUCAACAAAGUGCACCUACUUUUGCUUGCUUCGGCUACCACAGAGUUCAUUCUCCUCUGGUGGCGCACGCCUGGAUCCCAGUGAUGACUGAUAAUCUGCUCCAGCCGAGCCUGCACCAUGCCAUGCGCGAGGCUGGACAGUGCUUCUAGCUGCGUGGAGUCAUUGGAGCUCUUGAUGCCGCUGUUAGAGGAGACACUAAGCCUGGAGCUGCAGCAAAAGCACCCGCUGGAGUGGUGCCUGCCGCUCCUCUCGGUAAGCUGCUGCUGCUGCUUCUGCUCCUUGCACCUUCUCUUGCCCAUCCAAGUCUUCAUCCUCAAUCGGUGCCUUUAGCCAAAGCUGUGCAUAUGUUGGACGAACCUACAGUUGGAAAGUGAUAAUAUAAUCCAACUUUAGAUUAUAUUAUGGUGGCAAAGAUUGGUCGGUACCAGAAGAGUACUACUCCUUGAGCAAUGGAUCAAUGAUAGUGUCUCCUUGCAGGAAAAACAGAAUGCGCCAUGCCUGAUGUCGUUGGUUCAUCUUUGGGGGAGAUCAUGAAGCAGAAGGUAGGCAGCAAGUAGCUACAAUUGAGUGAGGGAAAUCAUUAGCGUUCUGCUUCAGUCAGUGUGCUGAGUAUGGCUGCAGAUUUGGCGUGUGUGGGAGGAUCUCUGGCAAAGGCCAACAGUCCAGAUCAGAUUGGUCCCUUGUGUUUGGCUUCAGAAAGAGCUACAAUCUUAUGAAAGGCUUCCGUAUAGAAUUUGAAACUCAUGCCGCAUGAAAGAAACAUAUAUAAAAAAUGUAUAGAAUAUGUAUACUCAUUAACAUGAGAAGAGUGAAGCCAUGAUUGCCCGGCCAUGACCAUGAACAAGUUGUGUCCUGGAACAAGUUAUGAAGAACUAGUCGAUAAGUUGAGAUUACUUAGUGAAGGAGUUCUUGUUGUCUAUACUAAUGAAACUUUAUGCUAUGGAUUUGAUGGAAAAUCAUGACCUUUUAUAUAUCUUA